AUGUAUACUUUUGCGCUUCUAUUUGUGCCUGCCUUCACUGGCUGCACCGGUGAACGCGGCACCAUUAUGGGCCAUUUUUGGUUGUCCACGGCUAAGGUCAAGCUCCAGGCUUUCUCCAAGUUCGAGGACAUGCCAGAGGCCCUCGCCGCUGCCACCGCCGUCGUUGAAGGCAAGCUCGACAAGAAGCUCAAGAAGUUCCUCGAAAAGUCCAUCAUCUCCAAGGAGCUCAAGGAGAAGCUCGCCGUCUCCGAUCCCAAGCUUGGUGGCAUGAUCAAGGAGAAGCUCGACAUUCAGUGCAUCAACAACAACGUUGUCAACGAGCUCAUCCGCGGCAUCCGCUCCCAGCUCCCCUCGCUCUUCACUGGUGUCCCCGAGCACGAGAUGAACGCCAUGGCCCUCGGUCUGUCGCACAGCUUGUCCCGCUACAAACUCAAGUUCAGCCCCGACAAGGUCGACACCAUGAUCGUCCAGGCAAUUUCUCUGCUUGAUGAUUUGGACAAGGAGCUCAACACCUACUCGAUGCGCGUGCGCGAGUGGUACGGCUGGCACUUCCCCGAGAUGGGCAAGAUUGUCACUGACAACCUCGCCUACGCCCGCACCGUCAAGCUGAUGGGUGCCCGCACCAACGCCGACACUGUCGACCUUCUUUCUGUCCUUCCCGAGGAGAUUGUCGAGGAAGUCAAGGAGGCUGCUCAGAUUUCCAUGGGCACUGAAAUCUCGGAUGAGGAUAUCGAGAACAUCACUUACCUCGCUGAGCAGGUUGCUGCCAUCUCCGAGUACCGCACCCAGCUGUACGACUACCUCAAGCACCGCAUGAACGCCAUCGCCCCCAACCUCACGACCAUGGUCGGUGAGCUUGUCGGCGCUCGCCUCAUCUCGCACGCUGGCUCGCUGCUCUCGCUCGCCAAGCACCCCGCCUCGACCGUUCAAAUUCUCGGUGCCGAGAAGGCUCUCUUCCGCGCGCUCAAGACCAAGCACGACACACCCAAGUACGGUUUGAUCUACCACGCGUCUCUCGUCGGCCAGGCUGCCCCCAAGCUGAAGGGCAAGAUUUCCCGCGUUCUUGCCGCCAAGACCUCGCUCUCCGCGCGUAUCGACGCCCUCGGCGACUCCCCCAACGCCGAGAUGGGUCUUGAGAACCGCCAGAAGGUUGAGCGGCGAUUGCAGCAGCUCGAGGGCAAGGCGACUACCCGUCUUGCUGGCAACUCGAAGACCCCCACCAAGCUCGAAAAGUUUGCCAAGAAGGACACCAAGUCUUACAAUGCCGCUUCGGACAUGACCCUGACUUCGUCCAAGAAGGCCGAGAAGACCGAAAAGCCAAAGAAGAAGGCCGACAGUGACGACGAGAGCGAAGACGAUAGCAAGAAGACCAAAUCGAACAAGCGCCGCGCGGAGGACAGCGACGACGAUAGCGAUGCCGAGUCUGUCAAGACCACCAAGAAGAGCCGAAACGAGGAUGGCGAUGGUGUUUCUACUGCCAAGGACAAGAAAGAGAAGAAGGAAAAGAAGGAGAAGAAGGAAAAGAAGGAAAAGAAGGAGAAGAAGGACAAGAAGUAAA